CUUGAGCAGCUCUACUGGCAGUAUAAGAGGAGCUUACCUGAGCACACCAACAAAGACAAGGAAACGACUGCCUUAGAGGCUACAGACAUCUCUGACUGGCAGGAUAAUAGACACACAACAAGAGAUUGAACCAUGCGGUUCAAUGCCCUGUUCUUCCUUCUGAUCCUAGCAUGUCUCUACCUCACCUUUGCACAAGGCUCAUACGAGGACUGCUGUCUGAAGUAUGCCAAGAGAGUGGGGAAAGGCACACGCAGUAUAGUGAGAAGCUACAGGAAGCAAGAGACCGAUGGAGGCUGCAACAUCCCUGCAGUAGUUUUCACCACAAAGCGAGGACGGGUGUUCUGUGCUGACCCAGAUGAAAAGUGGGUCAACGACUUAAUAUCGAAGAUCAAAAACAAGAAAAAGCACAAAGGGAAAAGGAGAGGAUGAAGAAACUCCAUGAGGACCUUUAAUAUACGCUAUAGCAGAUCAAAUACAGCCAUUCCAUCUUGCUUGUAACAGUUGUAAAUCAAAACAAUUAUUUUGAUGCCUAGUUAGUGGGCAAUUGGGGAGGAAAAACGAUGCCUUUCAGCAUCAUUUUACUUUCAGCACAGCCAAAGGCACCUGCUGCUUCAACAGGAACCUGAACUUUAUAACCUGUAGUGGUCACUGGUUUAAAAUGGAUUGGUGGCGGCUCUAUCAAACCUGCUUGAAUGAAUCUGUGUGAAGGGAGAUAUUGUGGGUUUGUACUUUGUACGCCACUCCUUGUUUGCAGUAUCAAACAUAGAUUGUAAGUUGCUUUUGUGAUAAACUACUUGGACUUAACUGACAUUUACCUUGUAGGAAAUGUUCAGAAAAAGAUAUCAUACAGUAUCAAGCUAAUUCUCCCACUUCCAUUAUCCUUUCCAGUUUGUGUACUCCUAAAAAUAGUAAUAAAAGUAUGUAUAAUCUGUCUUGUAUGUUGUUGGUUUAUGAUUA